CAAUAAAAAAAACCAAAAAAAAAACAGCAAUUGGAGCUGUGAUACUUCCUCUCUCUUCUGAUCAUCGCCAACAGUUUACAACCGCCAGGCGCCGGCGAGGAGUACACAGACAGAAACAUAACGCAUCCAGCAUGCGAGCUUAAUAUUGACAAGAUUGUUAUUUUCUUACCGUUUAACUAUGGGAUUCUCUCGAAUGAUGUCUCUGUCGCGGAUUCUAUCGAACAAUUGUCGGACUAUUCGACAAAAUCCUUAUCUGGGUUGUUCUAGAUUCACAUCAUCCCCGCAGGUAUCAACUACAGAAAGGGUUUCCUCCAUCGUCGACGAAAUCUCAGUCCUCACUCUACUUGAAGUGAGUGAUUUAACAGAGGUACUGAGGAAGAAACUCAACAUCGAUGAGAUGCCUGUGAUGGGGGUGAUGAUGCCUGGAAUGGGAUUCGGCGGCAUGAAAGGGGCUGCAAAAGGAGGUGCAGCUGGUAAAGGUGAGGAGAAAGCUGCGGAGAAGACAGCAUUUGAUUUGAAACUUGAAGGAGGAUACGAUGCUGGAGCGAAGAUUAAGAUUAUAAAGGAAGUGAGAGCAUGUACAGCUUUGGGUCUUAAGGAAGCUAAAGAUUUGGUUGAGAAAGCGCCUUCUUUGUUGAAGAAGGGAGUGACCAAGGAUGAAGCAGAGACCAUUAUCGCAAAGCUGAAGGAAGUUGGUGCAAAAGUUACCAUGGAAUGAGAGAAGAGGUAUAUUAUUGAUUUGAGUAUUGU